CACACAACGCAUUAUACGUACGCGCGCGCUCGAGAGUACGUACAACUCAGCUGCUGCCGCUGUACCGGCGUUAACUCGGUAUAUUGCGUAGCGCCGAUUGUCGCGCGCGCACACACCGCCCGCAACGGUCGCUCGACUUACACGCAACCGCCGCGCCGUCAGCUCGAUACAGUGCUCAAGCAGUGCGCGCGCGUCGCUGAUAUACGUUUAGCUACUACCGUGCACGUUCGUCGCACCACGGCGGUCGUUUCUCGCGCUGUCACCGCCGCGGCGCAAACCGACGGCCUGCACCGUCCCCGGGUAGCUCGACGACAGCCGACGACCAUCCCGCCGUCCACGGCCCGACGCUAUCGCGGAUCUCUGUCCGCAGCCGCCGAUUCAUAUCCCGCGCCCCCGUCCCCCGCCCGCACACCCACCCGCACGAGAGAUCGCGACACGGUAUAGUCCGACCCGUACAUGACCGAUGAGAUCGCGGACGACGAAGACGACGACGACAGGUCCGGUGCGCAACAGAUCGAGAAAAGGUCAAUACACACACAUAGCAGAACAAGUCACAUCACACAACACGGGUGAAAAGUCGUGAAAAAGUAAAAUCAUAUAGAUGACUUGAUGUGCUUAAGCUGGAUUCAAGCAUGCACCGCCAUACACCUGCUGUGGAGUGUGCUGUACAUAAGCGUUGGCGCUGUUCAAAUAGUAGCAGGCAUAUUUUUCCUAUUCACAAUACCUGUUCUCAGAAUAGGAUCAAACAUAUGGACAGGGUCUUGGAACGUGUUCUUUGGUGUAGGAGGAGCAGUUUUCUCGUGUGUAGGUGAUUGGACUACAGCCAAACAACGAGGCCUUUUAUGCCUCACUGUGUCCAUCCUGAUCAUGAACAUCGUAAAUUUAAUCAUAUUAGAAAUCGGAGAAUGGAGAUACCUAACACCUGAAUCGGUCAAAGAUAGCAUGUCAAGAGAAGGAUUAGAAACGUUAAUUUUAUAUGCUCGUUACACUACCAGUAUAAGCACAUUAGUAGCCAUAAUCGGCGCAUUUUUCGAUUCGCAGAUAACGUUUUGUUGUAUGCUACGUGUGGAUAAAACACAACAAAAUACAGAACCAGAUAACAAUUCAGAUGUCGAUUACAUUAUGCCAAGGGUUAAAUCGGAGUGCGUGUUGCGGUCGAAUAGUACCGCCAGGAAAACGUCGGACAACAACUACGGCCGCUCCUGGGUGUUCGAGGCGGACGGCACGGCGGGCCCGGGCGGCUGUCCCCCCACGUACGCGUCCACGGAAUCGCUGAGCGCGCUCGACCACCGGUUACCGGCAACAGCGGCGGUGACGGCGGGCGCGGCCGUGUGUAGCCGGACGGUGACGCUGAAGCGUAGGGCCAAGCCGGUGACGCCGGUGGUGAUCGUCGAGAUGGACGGCACGGGCGGCCGGCCCACGCAGCUGAUGACCAGUUUCUCUCGGACACCGUCGCCGGUUGGCCUGUCGGAGAGCUCGUCUCAGGACUCGGUGUCCGCGGCCGCCGUGGCCAACGCGCCAAUUUACGAGUGCCUGGAGAAGCUGACCGAACAGUCCGUGUACAGGUCCCGCUUGAACACCGCCCUGUCGGCCAGCAUCCAGGAGGCCAUCGCGUCCGGUGACCGGCCGCCCCGGAGCCUGUCGCCCAGGCCACCGCCCGCCGCCGAGCCCGUCCAGUACGCGUCACUGAUGGAGGAGUUGCAGAAGACCAUCGGCAACAGACUCUCCAAACACGUUGAAUCGCCCGAAGAGAGAUUCAAUGCAGAUUUGGACGACGCACUACAAGACAUCCAAGAUUUAGAAUCUCCAAAUGGCCACAGCAAUGACCGGACGGAUGACAGUAGCGAUAGUGACGCAGCCAGCAUGAAGACCACAAAAACAGUUAUACUGAAUGGUAAGAACGCUGAUGACUUAGGUUACGUAUCGAUGCGCCAAGAUUGCGCACACUUGUUGAGCGUGUACGACCAAGUAGAAUGUGAAUUGCCAGAAGAACUGCCCGAAGAGACAAACAACAACACCAUUGGGUUGGAUGUCACGGUUAAGACUUCUAGUAAGGGUUGGAAGUCGUUGUCAACAAUGUUAAAACGAAAACAUAGAGCUGCUCUAACUUUAAUACCCGAGAUCGAAGCAUCCAUUAUAAAAUCUGAAUGUUUGGCGUACUUGUCGGAAAAAGAAUUGAUUGAACGAUACGACCGUAAUAAAUUGGUACACAGGCAAAUAGAAGAAAAAGUGUGGAAACAAAUUAACGGUGCUUCUGAGACCGAUUCCCCUUGCUGACCGACUGAUGAAUUGUUUAUUUGGUUAUUUAAUUGAAUUUAUAUUACUAUUAUUAGGUAUAAUUUUCUAUAUUGUAUACAAAUUUUUAUUUUGUGUUAUUGAACCUAUUUAAAACGGUGGUAUACAAGCAAUCCUUCUUAAACUAUAUGUUAAAUGUUAUACCUACAUAUAUCCGUUAUAUUAUUAUAAAAUAAAAAUUACAUAAUAUAUUAUA